AUGAACGACACUACCUUCCUCUCUCUCCGACGUCGCAACUUCGACGCUCAACCUCAUCUCAGAUUCAAGUCUCUAUUUCACCGUGGUCAUCACCUUCAAUCUAUGAUUCGACUUCACUCUAUCACCGCUCGCUUCGACAAGAUCAAUAGUCCACCAUCGACAGCAUCAACUCGAUAUGCAUCGUCGCUUAUCUUCGGCGUCGAUUCUUCGUGCUACAUCUCAUCUUCUUCGAACACUAUCUUCGAUUCGACUCUUCUGAUACGUCUUCGUCUCCAAUCGCGGACCUCGCUUCAAUCACAUUAUCAUCGUGUCAUUUCUCUUCUUCCAAUGUUCAUCUCUGAUUCGCUCAACUCAAAUGAGGCUCACUCAAAGCUCUUUAACCUCGCCUUCGCUCAACAUCAAAGUUCGUUUUCUGCUUCAUCAGCUUCAUCUCCUGCACUCAUCCACAUCCAACUUCCAACCAUUGCGCUCAACAGUCAACACGUUCUCGGUUCGUUCACGAUGAAAUCCGAAAUGGAAGGAAACAAAAACACUAUACGCUACUGA